AUGGGGAGAAAGAAGGGAUUGCCGGAGUUCGAAGAAACGGCGCCGGAUGGGUUUGACCCAGCGAACCCGUACAAGGAUCCGGUGGCGAUGGUGGAGAUGAGAGAGCACAUCGUCAGGGAGAAGUGGAUCCAAAUCGAGAAGGCUAAGAUCUUGAGGGAGAAGGUCAAAUGGUGUUACCGCGUGGAAGGAGUCAACCACUACCAGAAAUGCCGUCUUCUCGUCCAGCAGUAUCUCGACUCCACUCGUGGCGUUGGAUGGGGAAAAGACCACCGUCCUAUCUCCCUUCAUGGUCCCAAGCCUGAGGCUGUUGAAGCUGAAUAAUAAUGCUUUGCGUCUGAUCAGUUUGAGAGGUGAGGAACUUGUUUUGGGUUUAUGUUUCGUGUUGUUUACAACUACAAGCAUUGUUUUUUUUUAAUUACAUCUGUUCGAUAAACUAAAAGAGUAUUGUAAGAAAUAUUUGGGAUUUCUGGUUCUUGUUAUGGUUGAAAUGAUAAUUGUGUGAUGCUUUAUGGAUUAUUAAGGUUUUCUUCAGAUAUGAAACUCCUUCAUACUUGUCUGUACUAGAAGUAUGUUACCAG